AUGUCCUAUGACCGCUACGUUGCCAUCUGCAAGCCCCUGCACUACGGGACCUUGAUGGACAGCAGAGCUUGUGCCACCAUGGCAGCAGCUGCCUGGGCCACUGGGCUUCUCCAUGCUCUGCUGCACACUGCCAAUACAUUUUCACUGCCUCUCUGCCAAGGCAAUGCUGUGGAUCAGUUCUUCUGUGAAAUUGCCCAGAUCCUCAAGCUCUCCUGCUCUGGUUCUUACCUCAGAGAAUUUGGACUUACCAUAUUUAGUGCCUUAAUCUUUUUUGCUUGUUUUGUUUUUGUUGUGCUGACCUAUGUGCAGAUCUUCAGGGCUGUGCUGAGGAUGCCCUCUGAGCAGGGUCGGCACAAAGCCUUCUCCACGUGCCUCCCUCACCUGGCUGUGCUCUCCCUGUUUGUCAGCACUGCCAUAUUUGCCUAUCUGAAGCCACCCUCCAUCUCCUCUGCAUCCUUGGACCUGGUUGUGGCAGUCUUAUACACAGUCAUACCCCCAGUAAUGAACCCCCUCAUUUACAGCAUGAGGAACCAGGAGCUGAAGGAUGCUCUCAGGAAACUUUUUGGAGAUAUAUUGCUUUGGCAUCAGUAA